CUAGCUUCAAGUCAGUUGCAGCGGUUCUCUUCCUCGACAAAGAGAAGGUAAAUUCUCAGCUCCAUUAACAAGAAAGAAGAAUGGCAACGAUAAGCAACGAUGGAGAAGACGCAGCGCGACGUCGUACUGCAGAGGCGGAUUAUCGCAAGAAGUUACUCAACCACAAAGAGCUCGAAUCCAGAGUUCGAUCUACGAGGGAGAAUUUGAAAGCUGCAAAAAAAGAAUUUAACAAAACAGAAGAUGAUUUGAAGUCUCUUCAAAGUGUUGGUCAGAUUAUAGGAGAAGUUCUUCGACCUCUUGACAAUGAACGCUUGAUUGUCAAAGCGAGCAGCGGGCCGAGGUAUGUGGUAGGCUGCCGUAGUAAGGUGGAUAAGGAAAAACUGACUUCAGGAACUAGAGUGGUUCUUGAUAUGACAACACUUACGAUCAUGCGAGCUCUUCCACGUGAAGUUGACCCAGUUGUUUAUAACAUGCUGCAUGAAGAUCCUGGUAAUGUGAGCUACUCAGCUGUGGGUGGUUUAUCUGAUCAGAUUAGAGAAUUGAGGGAAUCUAUUGAGCUACCUUUGAUGAACCCUGAGCUUUUCAUUAGAGUGGGGAUUAAGCCUCCAAAGGGUGUCCUUCUUUAUGGACCUCCUGGUACUGGGAAGACAUUGCUGGCUAGGGCUAUUGCAAGCAACAUAGAUGCCAACUUUUUAAAGGUUGUUUCAAGUGCCAUCAUUGACAAAUACAUUGGAGAAAGUGCUAGGUUGAUCCGAGAAAUGUUUGGGUAUGCACGUGAUCAUCAACCCUGCAUCAUUUUCAUGGACGAGAUAGAUGCAAUUGGUGGACGCCGUUUUAGUGAGGGAACAAGUGCUGAUCGUGAAAUUCAAAGAACAUUGAUGGAGUUGCUUAAUCAACUUGAUGGAUUUGAUCAGCUUGGGAAGGUUAAAAUGAUAAUGGCCACAAACCGCCCUGAUGUUCUUGACCCUGCACUUCUUCGUCCAGGAAGAUUAGACAGAAAAAUAGAGAUUCCACUACCAAAUGAACAGUCAAGAAUGGAAAUCCUUAAGAUCCAUGCUGCUGGGAUUGCCAAGCAUGGGGAUAUUGAUUAUGAGGCUGUUGUGAAACUUGCAGAGGGUUUUAAUGGAGCUGAUCUUCGUAAUGUCUGCACGGAAGCUGGAAUGUCAGCAAUCCGUGCAGAACGUGAUUAUGUCAUCCAUGAAGAUUUUAUGAAGGCCGUACGAAAACUUAAUGAAGCAAAGAAACUCGAGUCUACCGCGCACUACAAUGCUGAUUUUGGCAAAGACUAGAUUCGAACCUUGCCUACAACUACAAGCCACGGAGUUGUAGUCGAUGAGUCGAGAAUUUGGUGUCUUAUAUUUAUAGGACAUUUGUAAUGGCAAAUUUUUAUUUUUCCAAUCAAAUCAUGUAUCUUAUAUUGGUUUUUAGUCUCGAAGUACAUCAUGGGUUAUUUAUUUUGGUUGAAAUUUAACCUUGGCAUA